UUUUCUAAAGGGUACUACAGCCACUCUGCAAUAUCAUCAAGAAUGAAAUCCAUUGAUGAAUCUGAUGUUGGAAUCUUUUGCUACAUCUCUCAGCUUCCGGGGUUUCGUGGAAUCCUCAAACAAAGGUACUCAGAUUUCAUCGUAAAUGAAGUGGAUUUGGAAGGUACUGUUGUUCAUUUGACCUCAUUGGAGGCUCCAGCUGAGCUUGUAGAAGAAAAGGAAGUAUUGGUAGCUGAUCAGCCAAACAAGAAUUAUGAUGCUGAGAUAGGAUCUUUUAGAGCUCUUGCUGGUGAUUUCAAUGCUGACAUGUUGAAAGCAUUAUUAGAUCAGACUGUUUCUGGUGGUGGGGUUGAGAUUGAGCCCAUUGUACUAUCUCCAAGUUCUGAUAAGUCCCACCGAACGGCAGUGCAUAACUUCUUUAAAGAGAAAUUGAAAUUCCUUGUCACUGACACAAUAGAUGGACCAGAUGCCACAUCAAAGUGCAUUCGAGUAAGGUUAAAUGGGGGAAAGAGUCAUGGAAGGCACAGCUUCAAGAAAAGGAAAGACAGAGAUGAUAAACCUUAUGAUGGUAGAGGUUCUGACAAUUGGCCAGAGCAUCUCGGGAAAUACUUAAGGUUUCAUCUUUACAAGGAAAACAAGGACACACAGGAGGCACUAGGGCUUAUUGGCAAGAUGCUUGGGAUUCAGCCAAGGUCCUUUGGAUUUGCUGGUACAAAGGAUAAGCGCUCCAUAUCAACUCAAAGGGUAACUGUUUUUAAGCAGCGAGCAAAUAGAUUAGCUGCACUCAAUGAAAGAUUAAUUGGUAUCAAAGUUGGAGACUUUUGUCAUGUUAAUGAUGGGCUUCUUCUCGGUCAGCUUCAUGGCAAUCGUUUUACAGUCACAUUAAGGGGAGUGGUUGCAGAAUCCGAAGCUGUUAUAGAAGCAUCUGCAAAUGCAUUGGGAAAGCUUGGAUUCAUUAACUACUUUGGCUUGCAGAGAUUUGGAAGUGGUUCUGUCCCCACCCACCUUAUUGGAGCUACCUUGCUGCGUGGGGAGUGGAAGAAUGCGGUCGACAUGAUCCUUGAUCCAAGAGAAGGGGAGAAGGAAGCUGUAGGAAAGGUAAGGGAGUAUUAUAAGGAUACUGGGGAUAUUGAAGGGACGCUAAGGCAAUUACCUCGCCAUCUAGUUGCUGAAAGGGCAAUACUUCAGCGUCUGAAGAGAAGUCCAGGGAACUACUUACAAGCCCUAAAAUCUAUACCUAGGACGCUUAGAAUGAUGUACAUACAUAGUUAUCAAAGCUAUCUUUGGAACCAUGCAGCUAGUAUGAGAGUGCAAAAAUAUGGAAUUGAUCAUGUUGUGUUGGGGGACUUGGUGUAUUGCAAAGAACAUUGUCGUGAAGCAGAAAGGGGGGCCAAUUAUUCUGAAUUUGAAGAUGGUAGCUCAAAUGACACCUCUAAUCAUAUAGAUGAAAUCUCAGAAGCUGACCUCCCAGAAGAAAAAGAUGUAACAGUAAAGGUGAUAACUGAGGAAGAUUUAAGUGCUGGGACUUACACGGUAGAUGAUGUUGUCCUUCCUUUACCAGGGUCAAAAGUGAUUUAUCCAAUGAACGAUAUUGAAGAAGUUUAUUGUGACUUAGCAAAGAAGGACGCUAUCGGCUUGACAGAGAGCGUGCAUGCUGUCAAGGAGUUUUCAAUAACCAACAUUACUGGAGCUUACAGGCGGGUAUUUCUAAAGCCAAAGGAAUUUGAAUGGGAAUUGCUCACCUAUAAAGAUGGAAACAUUCCUUUAGCAGAGACAGAUAUGGACUUAAUUUCCAAGUCACAAAAGUUGAAAAAUGUCAGAGGGGAGGAUUGUGGGAAUGGGAAGGCAGGUGAACAAUUGAUUGAUAAUGGAAGACAAUCAUGUGUGAGUGCCAUCAUGGAUUCAGCUGAAGAUGAGGCAGGAAGUGAUAGAGCAGGGUCUCACCAAACUGAAGUAUAUGAUUCUGCUGACAUCGAGGAGAGUCAGAAGGCUCUCAGAUUGAGCUUUACCCUUCCAGCUUCUGGUUACGCGACAAUGGCUAUAAGGGAGCUGCUGAAGACAUCAACUUCUGUUGCGUUUCACAAGACAUUGAACCCUUGAAGGCAAAACAAUCCGAACAUUGGGAAAGUUUUGGCUUUCCUUUGGGCCAUUUGAACCUUCUCUGUUGAUUUUUGGAGGAUCUGGGAAUGCAAGAUGGUAUGAUGCACUUUUCUAUGCCAUUCAGGACCCUUGACAAAAGAGAUUUCUGUUCGGCCCCCUAGUUACACAUUGUCUGUUGAUUUUGAGAGGUUCUGGGAGAGCAGAUGGUAUGAAGCUUCCCUACGCCAGAGUUUUGUUUAUAAAAAUGCAAUGACAAUUUAUAGGAGGUGAGGACCGUUGAAAAGAAUAAAGUUUUCCUUAGUUGCUCCUUGACCAUUGGUUUUUGGAGGGAUUUGGGAGUGUGGAGGAUAUAAUGCACUUCUCUAUACCAGAGCUUUGUAUGUGAAAAAUGCAAUGGAAAUUUAAAGGUGGUCAAAACCCUUAACUAGGAAGAAGUUUAGAGAGAAUCCAUUGCUGAUGGAUGGAUCAUUUAUAA